AUGGAGGCUACGUCCAACGACAAAAUGUUGGUGCCGAAGAACGAAACCUGCAAAAAUUCGAUUGACCUGCAACACUUCCUGCACUAUUCCCUUGUUCCGUCAGUCGCCAUCAUUAUAGUGCUAUCAUGCCUUGAGAAAAGACCAAGGGGAAGGCCAAUCGAUGAAAAAUGGCCUCUUCUCAAGAGACAGUGUGGGAUUCUGAUACCCUUGGAUUUUGUAGGGGCAUUCCAGAAUCGGUGGUCGCUGGCUUUCGCCUUUGGAGCCACGGCCAACAAAGUCAUGAUCAUGUUUUCAGAAGGAUACCUCCCCGUGCAAGUGCCCCAAUGGGCUCGAGCUGUUGUGAUUCUAGUCUGUGCCAUGGAAGUCGGCCUUUCUUCCUACCCAUUUUUCACUUGCCUUUCAACACGUUUCCAGAUCACAGGAGCCACACUUGGAUUCCUUUAUACAGGGUCUUGGUUUACAGUCAUAGUGUUGAACAUUGCACAGUGCCCACACGGGCAAGUAGUGGGGGAAUAUGAAAAAAUCAUUUUUUACUGGCCUUCCUUGCUCUGCCUGGUCUUCCUGAUGGGCAGAUUUAUCUACAUAUUGGUGAAAGCAUUACGGGUCCAUCUCCAUCUGGAUCCUCCAAGUGAGGAGACGUCAUUCCCAGAGAUUCAUCAGAUUUAUCAUGUCCAGCAGCUGAUGGGGAAGCCCCCAAGGCAGCAGCUUCAGAAAUCCUGGAUUCAGAGGAAGGUGUACGAAUGGGACCCUUGCUUUCGGUUCCCCAGCAGAAUGAUCUGCAUGGCCGUGCUUGCCAUAAUCUGCCUAUACAUGUUUGUUGUGACUGAGUUUUAUGUUAAGAAGCUUGUAUUACAUACAUUGAACACACUGGAGGAGAAUUUUGAGAUGCUGGUAGCUGCCAGAAAUACAUCAGAAGUACUUGUAUCAGCUGUCCAGCAUUUGAAGGAGUUAAUUGACAUCACAGCAGAUGUCUGGCUUGUCACCACCUUCACGGCCUGCCUCACCAGUGUCACCUACGUGUUCCACAUUUUGGCCUGCUACAGAAAACACAUGAAGCGCCUGUGGGCAGGCGAGAAGCAAUUCCUUCCACUGAGUUCUUGCAAACUUUCCCACAGCGUAUUGGUAGCAUCAAUAGCAAGAUACUCGGGUUGGCAAAUUGCAUACCUUGUAUGGGGGUACCUGAUCGUCCACAUUGUGCAGUGCCUCUUUGGAGUGAUGCUCGUGUACACUUUGGUUUUGCCCAUAAAACAUGGCCAAGGGAUAGAAGCAGCGAAAAGCUUGGGAACCUGGAUCCUCACGGUUGCCAUUGUGGUAGGCCUCAUGGUGCUGCAGACUGCAACAGCUACAAGGUUCUUUCUUCAGCCAAAGAUUUUGCUGGAUGACAAGGAAAAGCCACUGGCUCUUGACAACAGGAAAGCGUUCCACAAUUUCAACUACUUCUUUUUCUUCUACAACGUAUUACUGGGCCUGAGUGCCUGCCUGUUCAGGCUGUUGUGCAGUGCGGUUGUGGGAGCCUGGCUGAUUGCUCGCAUAGACAGGACGAUCAUGCCCAAAGGGUAUGAAGCAGCUGAUAUGGGAUUCAGGACCUGGAUUGGAAUGCUACUGAUGGAUCACUAUCACACCAGUCCCACCCUUGUCUGUUUUUGCCACAUCCUCAUGGCCCAAAACAGAGGGCAACAUCAGCAGAGAACCACAAGUUACCACUGCUUCAGUAAUCGUUCAGUUUUUAGGGUGUCAAAGAAAGCCAAGACAAGAUGGCUGCUAUGGUACACGCUCCUAAAUAAUCCCAGUCUCUCAACAUUCAGGAAACCGCAAUGA